CUUAGCUUUGAGCGCUCGUAAACUGGUUAGGGGAUAGUGCUGGUGGAGCGGUGAAGGUCAUCGGCCAUCGCGGAGUAACACGCAGUUUGCAAUCGGCGCAGCCACCGCUGCCUGAGCUUUCGGCAGGCCCAUAGCAAAUUACAUUGAACACGAUGCAGCGACAAGCGCGCCUCGUGUGCGGUCUGUUCCGGCGGUGCCCAUGGACGAGUACGAAGUGGGCGACCGGCCUGCAACAAGAGGCGAGUAUCUCGGGCAUCUCGGCGCCAAGCCCAACCCAGCUGGGGCAGGUGGUCAAGUUGGAUGAGCUGAUCAAGAAGGACCGGGACGAGGUGGCGGACAUCUGGCUCGGGUACCAUGCGGACGAGAAGGGCGGGCGCGUUGGCUCGGUGCUGAGCGCCGACGACUACAAGACCUUCCUUUCGCGGGCAAAGGAGAGCCCCAUGUUCGUGUUCGCCAUGCCCAAGCCGCAUAAGGGCAAGGGCGCCUACGAGGCGAUGCUCAUCCAGUGCCAGAUGCCGUACGUGCUCAUCACAGGCCUUGAGGAGUUCAAGAGGCACGGCGAGGGCGCGCCGCCCUACCUGACGCUGACGCAUUACCCGGAGCUGCUGGACUCACACGGACUGGCGCUGGUGCGUGGCGACAUCAUCCACGAAAAGGGUAUUACCAGAGACGAGGCGCGCACGGCGCUGGAGCUGACUCGGGCGUUCUACUGCGGCGACGAGGACUAUGCCCUGGUUCACACCUUUAACAAGAAGCCCGCCAGCUUUGACUUCGGAGCCGUGCUGCGGAAACUAAACCUGGCAUAGUGGCGUUGUGGUGCUAGAAGUGUGUUGCGUGCCGGGGUGAGACGGGGAAGCCGAGAGCUCUACUUGCUGGGAGUUCAUCUGUUCAUGUCACACGACGGUUGGCGAGGGAAGGGCGUGGGUGACGCAAUGUUGCUGCUAUUGGUGUCAGAACAUCGCCGGCGUGCCGUAUGCAGAAACCAUGGGGGUUGCGCUGUUGCGCAUGUUAUGGAAGCGGCGGACUGUAAACAUGGACUUACUUCAGCGGGUUUGCGCAUGCUGUGGAAGCCGGAGGACU